AUGCUUUCUGCGAGCCCGAGCGAGGCGCCCAGCACCGCCGGGCUUCCCUUGCAUUCGGGAGCCGACGUCCACAAGAUCCCGCAGAUUCUGCCGCGAGAGCGCGUCUUUCCCAUCCAGAUUGGCGGCGAGUUGUUCAAGCUGUCUGGCGCAUCUCUGUCCUCCGAUGCGCCGUCUUAUUUCUCGCAAUACUUCCUUUGCCAGAUCAAAGUGGCUGAGAGCAAAGGCGAAGACCCCUCCUCCACGAUCCGGACGCUAUACAUCGAUCGCGAUCCCAAGACAUUUAGAGAUAUUGCGCUGCAUCUACAAGGAUAUCAUGUGAAGCCGCGGGACGGGACGCACUUUGUGCGCUUAUUUGCGGACGCCCAAUUCUAUAAUCUUCCUAAGCUCAUUUCUCAGCUUAACGAGGAGAGCAUCUUCAUGUCCAUCGGCCAUCGGGAAUUCCAGAUUCCUCGCGACGUUCUCAACGAUCCUGCCAAUUCCCCAAACUACUUCUCCCUCGGCUUCGCUCUCUUCUUCUCCCAGCCAAACGACCUCUUCCCUGGCCUUGAUCGCGAGGGGCUGAUACGCCCGCCCUCUAUACUUCCUCCUUCAGUUCCCAACCGCAACGCCGACACCUUUGCCGAGCUGCUACGUUUGUUGCGUGGGUAUCCGGUCAGCAUUCGCGACGAGAAUCAUCGACAAGAGCUUCUUCGCGACGCUCGAUACUUUCACUUUAAAGGCAUCGAACAGCAGCUUGUUCCGCACUCCAUCAGCUAUAACCCUUUGCGCCAAAUAGAAGAGAUUGCCCUGCGGUUGGAGAAUGUGCAAAAGAGUGGCGUUAGCAUCUCCGCUGAAGAGUCUGACGGGGCCUCGCGCUCCUCCGUCAGGCAUGUCAAGUAUGCACGCCCAUAUGUCGACAAUAAGCCGGCAGAGUUGGUAUUGGAGAUUGGUGGGACCACGGCCAAGUUCGUCUUCUCAGCAGAAGGGGUCAGAGCCGAGUUCUUUGGCGGCACAAAGGCUAGGGUGGCGAGACUGUUAGAAGUGGUUGCGACAAAGCUCAACCUGCCUCCGACCACGCAGCCACUGGGCCUCCUCAUGGCGUCGGGGGGCGCCAGUUCGCAACCAGCCACGCCAGGCAACACUCCUCUCAGUGAAGAUCUCGUCCGGGUCGUCUUUGAGGCAGAGUCGUCAAUCAUCCUUAAUGGUGAAGACUAUGAGGCAGAUCUGAGCAACUACGAAGCCGAAGAUGCCACUCCUGCCAUUACCCCUGAUACUGAAACUCCUGUGAAUCCCAGGAAGCGCCGUAGGACGGGCGAGAGUAUCGAUAUUGGCCUUCCUCACGAGGGCCAAGAAUGGGCUGUUAAGACGGGACAGUUUAGGCUACGCAUUCAGGAGAGCAAGAGUGGCAAAAGCGCUGUCGAGUGCGUUUUCGUGGCCGUGAAGAUUGAUGCUGUGAGCUCGGAAAGGGGUAGGAAUAAGACGAGAAAAUUCCUUAGCGACUGA